CUGGACCGUUGCCGACCCUCGUCAGUCGCAGUGUGACAAUUUUUAAACAUGUUUCUAAACAGGCUCCACCACUCUGCAGUCUGCCCCCCCAACCCACUACUAGCAACCAUCAUGAUCCCCCGGCCAGCUCCUUUCGCCAACCUACACAGCUAUGCGGCCUCCCCAGCAAAUAGUCUGCGUUCAGUACCUUUUCUAACGACUGUAUGCUUUGAAACAAUAAGCUGCAUCACAAUUACAUUGUAAUCUUAACUUCAAAACACUAAUUUAUGCUGCUGAAUAUCAUCUUAUUUUGCUUUUUUAGAUUCCAGAGAGUCUCAGGCCAGUUCUAAAAUUUUGUACUAUGACAUUUUAUGAACAGGCUAAAUUGUAAAUAGUUCUAACAGAUUGAACUACUUGAACAUGAAUGCAAAAUGUGAAGCCAUCACUUAUGAAUAUCGUUGUUUUUCUCAUCACAAUGCUUGUCCAGUUUAUCACAAGCCAGUAUUCUUUGUGUUAUUGUUUUUUUUAACAGAUGCAGCCUUCUAAAAACGUAUAACCAUGGGGACAGAGCUGAUCAGAGAAGUCGAGGACCUCCGUGAGGAGUUCAGAGCCUCCGUUAAUCUUGCAGCACUGAACCUGUUGAUGCCGGUGUAUUGCCUCUGGAUUAGCCUUUUAACAACAUAGAUGAGAUGAACAAUGCAGAGGCAACUCUGCAAUGACUAGAGGCAAAUGAAGCACUGGUGGUGAUACUCGCUGCUACAGUCAUGCUGGUUUACUACUGUGAGUUCACUGACACUUUCAGUCCAGCAGAGCAGGGCUUCAUUUGCAGAGAUCCCACUUUGACCAAACCUGAUCCUGGACCUGAGCAGAACAGCCGCAUGCCACCUAUAAUACUGUACUCUGUGGUGAGCGGACUACCUGUUGUACUGAUUUCAGGGGUGGAAGUAGUCAUCUUCCUCUUUUACUACAACUCAAACAACUUUUAUGAGCAGGAGAAGGUUGUUGUCGUGGGAGACUGCUGCUAUGUUAACCCCAUGGUGCGCAGGACUGUCCAUUUCCUUGGUGUCUUUGUCUUUGGUUUGUUUACAACAGACAUUUUUGUUAGUACUGGUCAGAUGGUCACAGGAAGUCUGGCUCCCUACUUCCUGUCUGUGUGCCAGCCCAAUUACACUGCUCUCGGCUGCCAGGAUACAGCGUUCUUUGUGAGCCAGUCAGAUGGCUGUACUGGUGACCCUGAUGACAUCAUCAGAGCCAGGAAGACAUUUCCCUGCAAAGAGGCUGCACUCAGUGUCUACUUAGCUGUUUACUUGGCAUGUCAGAGAAAUAAUCUUCCUUUUCAGAUGUACAUCAUGUCCUGCGUUGGAUCUGCAGUGGGGCGUCUGGCUGGGCCCUUUGUCAGCCUUUCAUUGGUCAGUCUGGCUUUGCUAACAGGCAUCAACAGAGUGGCUGAAUAUCGUAACCACUGGAGUGAUGUUAUAGCAGGACAAGGCAUUGGUGCUGCUGUUGCUGUCUUUCUGGUCAGUUCCUGUUAUUAUUAGACUUAUUCAUAUCAGUGUAGACUUCAUUAGUGGGUCAUUAUGAAAAACAGAUAUGCCAAUAAACACAGCAUUUUAUGCUAGCUCAAACCUGAAGUUAAAUGACUGCUUAUUUGUAAACCCAUAGAA